AUGAGUCUGGUCUUGGAGAUGAUUGGAGAUGACACGGAGGAGCAGAAGGAGGAGCUUAAGAGGAAAGAUGAUAAGGCCUUGUUUAUCCAUCAAUGCGUGGAUGAUGUGCAUUUUGAGAUGAUUCAGAAUGCAGCCACAGCAAGAGAGGCUUGGGGUAUACUGGUGAGACGCCAUGCCGGAGGAGAUAAAAUAAGAAAAGUGAAGUUACAAACGUUAAGGAGGCAGUAUGAGCAUCUGCAGAUGGAUGAAGGAGAAAAGAAGUUUGAUCACAUUGUGGUGGCAAUCGAGGAAUCACGGGAUCUUGAAAGGUUAAAAGUAAAAGAACUUCAAAGUGCUUUGGAGGCUCACGAGAUGAGAAUGCGUGAGAGGAAUUCUGUCCAGGUUAAUGAGCAGGCUCUAAAAGUUCACCAUGUCAAGAAUGAUGAGAAAAAGAAUGUUAAGAAGUGGAAAGGUAAGCCAAGAAAAGAAAAAUGGAGGAAAGAAAGUAGUGGUGCGGAUGAAUCAGAUGAAAAAUCAGAUUCUGUAGAAAAGAAGAACGAAUUUGAGAAGGGUUGGAAAAAGAAAGAUAAACGAAACAUUGAAUGCUUCAACUGCCACAAACUCGGGCACUUUGCAUACGAAUGUUUCUCUGGAAAAGGCAAACUGAAGAAAAGAUUUCAAGGUAAAGAAGCUCACAUUGCGCAAGAAGAAUCAGACUCAGAGCCAUUGACCUUGAUGGUAAUGACAACUACUGAUUGCAUGGAACCGUUGACCAAUAAUUGGUAUCUUGAUUCGGGCUGCUCAAAUCACAUGCGUAUAACCGGGAAUGGCUGGUUAAUUUUGACAGCACCAAGAAAAGCAGAGUCAAGUUCGCAGAUAAUAGUACGUUGA